AGGUGACUGGUGAAGCGGAAACCCGCCGGCCAUGGAGGCAGGCCUCGGCGGCCGAGCCGACAAGGUCCCCUCUGCGCCGCACCAUGCGCCUCAGCCUCUUCCGGCGCCUUCUCCUGGCCGCCCUGCUGCUCGUGAUUAUCUGGACGCUCUUUGGGCCCUCGGGCAUCGGGGAGGAGCUGCUGAGCCUCUCGCUAGCUUCCCUGCUCCCAGGCCCGGCCUCGCCCGGGCCGCCCCUGACCCUGCCCCGCCUCCUGAUCCCCAACGAGGAGGCGUGCGGCGGUCCCGGUCUUCCGCCCUUUCUGCUAAUCCUGGUGUGCACGGCCCCGGAGAACCUGAAUCGGAGAAACGCCAUUCGGGCCUCGUGGGGCCGGCUGCGCGAGGCCCGAGGGCUCAGGGUGCAGACUGUCUUUCUGCUGGGAGAACCCAGCUGGGGCUCGCGCGGGAACGACCUGGCGCGGGAGUCAGCGGCCCAGGGGGACAUAAUGCAGGCGGCCUUCCAGGAUUCCUACCGCAACCUCACUCUCAAGACCCUCAGCGGUCUGAACUGGGCCGACAAACACUGCCCCGUGGCCCGCUACAUCCUCAAGACCGACGAUGAUGUGUUCGUCAAUGUCCCCGAACUGGUAUCAGAGUUGGUCCGGCGAGGAGGCCGCUGGGAGCAAUGGGAAAGGGGCAUGGGGCCCCCGAGAAAGGCGAAAGUUGGAGAUGAAAAGUGGGAAGGAGGCCCCACCUUGGCGAGGCAGCCCGUGCCCCUCUUGUACCUGGGCCGUGUGCAUUGGUGGGUGUACCCCUCUCGGACACCAGGGGGCAAGCACCAGAUAUCAGAGAAACAGUGGCCUCCCACCUGGGGCCCCUUUCCCCCCUACGCCUCAGGCACGGGGUAUGUGCUAUCGGCUUCUGCUGUGCAGCUCAUACUGAAGGUAGCCAGCCGGGCACCCCCUCUGCCACUGGAGGAUGUCUUUGUGGGGUUAAGUGCCCGACGAGGAGGCCUCGCCCCAACCCACUGUGUCAAGCUGGCUGGUGCCACCCACUACCCCCUGGAUCGGUGCUGCUAUGGGAAAUUCCUGCUGACAUCUCACAAGUUGGACCCCUGGGAGAUGCAGGAAGCCUGGAAGCUGGUGGGUGGCUCUGACGGGGAAAGAACUGUACCCUUCUGCUCCUGGCUCCAGGGAGUCCUCGGCAUCCUCCGAUGCCGGAUAAUAGCCUGGCUUCACAGCUGAGAGGGCCUGGGCGCCCAGGAGAGGGGUGAGGAGCUGAGAGUCCAGCCAGCACCCUCACCACCUUCUCUCUCCUGGGCCCAAGGCAGGGGCUCUAGCUGGCUGCAACUGAUUGGUUGCCCUACACCAGAUGCUCAGUCUGUCACUGAAGACUGAGGGAUACAGGAGACACCUAGGGGGCUGCUUGGCCUGCCAGCCCCAAAGAUGGUCAUCAAGAAGAGCUGCACAUGCUGGGUUGUUCUCUCCAGCCACGGCAGGGGAGGGGCACAAGCCCCUCAAUAAACUUGUCUCUUUCCCUC